AGUUUACCCAUGCAGCAUGAAUGUAAAAGAAGAGUUGGAGGAGGGUGCGAAUAAAGAGUUUCUUGAAGACCCAUUAAGGGCUGACGACCAUAGUGUUUGGGUAAAGCAAUAUCCCGAACUGAAACAACAUGCUGCUGGAUCUGAGCAUAAUUCUGUUGAAGAUCCAUUGGGAAUAUUUUGGUCCACUGAUUUCAUCAAGGAGGAUCCUGAAUUAAAUUUGGAAAUGAAUAUAACUGAGAAUACUGUGGGAACCUCAACAAGAUACGCAUCUGACAGUGCAAGAUUCCUGCCCUGUGAUCUAGUGGUAAUGCGUUGGGCAGGAAUAGACAUUGAACUAGAAAUCAGGUGUACUUUCCCUGAAGGUAUUUUAGAUGAGAUUCAACAGUGA